AAAUACCAAUUCAGUAACACAAAUAUGUGCUUGACAAAGCUUUUCUUUUUACUUUGUAUUUGUGUGCUGAAGCAGUGCUGUGCUGGUAAUGUAGCUUUGGCUAAAAACUGACAAUACCAUAAUGAUGUUAAGCUUUUUGUUAGCUUUCCAGCUAAUAAGUCUUGUUGUUUGUGCAAGUAUUGGAAAUGUCCCUGGAUAUAGCUCUAUCGACAAUGGUGGAUAUCCUGGAUAUUAUACUCCUGACCUUGCCUCUGGAGACUUGACCAAGAAUUUUGUGCGUAGCAUUAAAGGUGCAAAUGGUGCUGGAAGCUCCCUUCCUCAAACUGGUUCCUCAGGAUCUGGCCAAGUCACAAGUGGUUCUAAUGCUGAUACUAGAGGUCUACAAGGUUCUCAGGCUUCUGCUGGAAGUGGUUUUGUUUAUGGUGCUGUGGCUAAUGCAGGUGUCUCAGGCUAUGGCUCAAGUCAGUCUUCUACUGUUCAAGGCUCUGAUCCUGUGCGUUCCUUUGUGAUGUCGUUACAGCGCCCCAAUGAGUCUGCUAAGCCACAACUCUCUUAUCUAGCCCUUCUGCAGACCCGGAACAACACUAUGGUCUCUCCUACUAACCAGCAACUUGUGCCGUCUAGCCAGGGCCAGCCCCCAAAAGGCAGUCGUUUGCAAACUGGUUCCAGGCUGUUUUCAGGUAUUAAGCCAAGCCAUGGCAGCUCUUUCUUUAAGCCUUUACAUUUUAAAAAUGUGUCUGUAUCAAAGCUACGCUACCCUAGUGGCCAGUCUGUCCACCAGCCUAGUAGCCAACAACUAGCACAAGCCAGUGUUGGCACUCUAUCCCAGCCCAUCCCUGCACAAGCUGGCUAUGAGACCAAGCCUGUAGCCCAGCCCAGUGACCAGCAAGCAGCUCAAGCUAGCUAUCUGUUAGUUGCCCACCCCAGCAGCCAGCAACCAAUCCAUGCUGCUUUCCAAUUCAGUGGCCAACAACCAGCUCAAGCUAGCGGUCCAUUAGUGGCCCAGCUCAGUUUCCAGCAGCCAGCACAAGGAGGUCUCCAGGCAGGGGCACAAACCAGCAGCCAGCAACCAGCUCAAACUAGUUAUCUGUUAGUUGCCCACCCCAACAGCCAGCAACCAAACCUACCAGCCCAAGAUGUUCUCCAGUCUGGAGCUCAGCCCAGUGGCCAGCAACCAGCUCAAGCUGCUUUCCAAUCUGUGGCUCAUCCCAGUGGCCAGCAACCAGGUCAAGCUAGCAAUCCAUUAGUGGCCCAGCUCAGUUUCCAGCAACCAGACCGUCCAGCCCAAGAUGUUCUCCAGUCUGGAGCCCAGCACAGUGGCCAGCCACCCGCUCAAGCUGUUCUCCAGGCAGAGGCACAGACCAGCAGCCAACAUCCAGCUCAAGCUGGCUAUCUGUUCCUUGCACACCCCAGCAGCCAGCAACCAGACCAUCCAGCCCAAGCUGUUCUCCAGUCUGUGGCUCAUCCCAGUGGCCAGCAACCAGCUCAAGCUAGCAAUCCAUUAGUGGCUCAGCACAGUUUCCAGCAACCAGGCCAUCCAGCCCAAGCUGUUCUCCAGUCUGUGGCUCAUCCCAGUGCCCAGCAACCAGCUCAAGCUAGCAAUCCAUUAGUGGCUCAGCACAGUUUCCAGCAACCAGGCCAUCCAGCCCAAGCUGUUCUCCAGUCUGUGGCUCAUCCCAGUGGCCAGCAACCAGCUCAAGCUAGCAAUCCAUUAGUGGCUCAGCACAGUUUCCAGCAACCAGACCAUCCAGCCCAAGCUGUUCUACAGUCUGUGGCUCAUCCCAGUGGCCAGCAACCAGCUCAAGCUAGCAAUCCAUUAGUAGCCCAGCUCAGUUUCCAGCAGCCAACCCAAGCAGGUCUCCAGGCAGGGGCACACACCAGCAGCCAACAAGCAGCUCAAGCUGGUUAUCUGUUCCUUGCACACCCCAGCAACCUGCAACCAAACCAACCAGCCCAAGCUGUUCUCCAGUCUGUGGCUCAUCCCAGUGGCCAGCAACCAGGUCAAGCAAGCAAUCCAUUAGUGGCCCAGCUCAGUUUCCAGCAACCAGACCAUCCAGCCCAAGCUGUUCUCCAUUCUGUGGCCCAGCCCAGUGGCCAGCAACCAGCUCCAGCUGCUUUCCAAUCUGUGGCUCAUCCCAGUGGCCAGCAACUAGCUCAAGCUAGCAAUCCAUUAGUGGCCCAGCUCAGUUUCCAGCAACCAGAUCAUCCAGCCCAAGCUGUUAUCCAGGCAGAGGCACAGAGCAGCAGCCAGCAGCCAGCUCAAGCUAGCUAUUUGUCCCUUGCACACCCCAGCAGCCAGCAACCAGACCAUCCAGCCCAAGCUGUUCUCCAGUCUGUGGCCCAGCCCAGUGGCCAGCAACCAGCACAAGCUGUUUUCCAAUCUGUGGCUCAUCCCAGUGGCCAGCAACCAGCUCAAGCUAACAAUCCAGUAGUGGCUCAGCUCAGUUUCCAGCAGUCAGCCCAAGGUGCUCUCCAGUCACUUCCCCUGCCCAACAGCCAGCAACCAGCCCAGGCUGUGGCCCAGCCCAGUAACCCACCCCAGCAGUCAGAAACCUGCCAGAAACUUGUGCAGUCCAGCCAAGCCAGUAGCCAGCCCCAGAGAGGUAGUAAUUUGCACACAGGUUCCAGGGUAUUUUCAGGUACUAGGCUGGCCCAUGGCAGCUUUUUCUUUAAGCCUUUACAUAUUAAAAAUGUGUCUGUAUCGCAGCCCAGCUAUCCAAGUGGCCAAUCUGUACCCCAGCCUAGCAGCCAACAACCAUCACAAGCUAACUAUCCAUUAGUGGCCCAGCUUGGUUUCCAACAGCCAGCCCAAGCUGCUCUUCAGCCUGUCUCCCAGCCUAGCAGCCUACAACCAGCUCAAGCUAGCGCUACGUUAGUGGCCCAGCACAGCAGCCAACAACCAGCCCAAACUGCUCUCCAGCCUGUGUCCCAGCCCGGUGGCCAACAAGCAUCUCAGGUUAGCAAUUUAUUAGCAACUCAGUUAAGUUUCCAACAGCCAGCCCUAGCUGCGCUCCAGCAUGUAGCCCAGCCCAGUGACCAGCAAGCAGCUCAAGCUGCUUUUCAGCCUGUGGCCCAGCCCAGCAGCCAACAACCAGCUCAAGCUAGCAAUCUAUUAGCGGCCCAACUCAGUUUUCAACAGCCGGGCCAAGCUGCUCUCCAGUCUGUGCCCCUGCCUAGCAGCCAACAGCCAGCUCAAGCUGCUCUUCAGCCUGUGGCCCAGCCCAGUGGCCAACAACCAGCCCUAGCUGCGCUCCAGCAUGUAGCCCAGCCCAGUGACCAGCAAGCAGCUCAAGCUAGCAAUCUAUUAGCGGCCCAACUCAGUUUUCAACAGCCAGGCCAAGCUGCUCUCCAGUCUGUGCCCCUGCCUAGCAGCCAACAGCCAGCUCAAGCUGCUCUUCAGCCUGUGGCCCAGCCCAGUGGCCAACAACCAGCCCAAGCUGCUCCACAGUCUAGCAGCCCAGCCAAACAUCCAGCAACCAGUCAGAAACUUGUGCAGUCUAGCCAAGCCAGUGGCCAGCCCCAGAGAGGUAGUCGUUUGCACACUGGUUCCAGUGUGUUUUUAGGUACUAGGCCAGCCCGUGGCAGCUUUUUCUUUAAGCCUUUACAUGUUAAAAAUGUGUCUGUAUCACAGCCCAGCUAUCCAAGUGGCCAGUCUGUACCCCAGCCUAGCAGCCAACAACCAUCACAAGCUAACUAUCCAUUAGUGGCCCAGCCUGGUUUCCAACAGCCAGCCCAAGCUGCUCUUCAGCCUGUCUCCCAGCCUAGCAGCCUACAACCAGCUCAAGCUAGCGCUACGUUAGUGGCCCAGCACAGCAGCCAACAACCAGCCCAAACUGCUCUCCAGCCUGUGUCCCAGCCCGGUGGCCAACAAGCAUCUCAGGUUAGCAAUUUAUUAGCAACUCAGUUAAGUUUCCCACAGCCAGCCCUAGCGGCGCUCCAGCAUGUAGCCCAGCCCAGUGACCAGCAAGCAGCUCAAGCUAGCAAUCUAUUAGCGGCCCAACUCAGUUUUCAACAGCCAGGCCAAGCUGCUCUCCAGUCUGUGCCCCUGCCUAGCAGCCAACAGCCAGCUCAAGCUGCUCUUCAGCCUGUGGCCCAGCCCAGUGGCCAACAACCAGCCCUAGCUGCGCUCCAGCAUGUAGCCCAGCCCAGUGACCAGCAAGCAGCUCAAGCUAGCAAUCUAUUAGCGGCCCAACUCAGUUUUCAACAGCCAGGCCAAGCUGCUCUCCAGUCUGUGCCCCUGCCUAGCAGCCAACAGCCAGCUCAAGCUGCUCUUCAGCCUGUGGCCCAGCCCAGUGGCCAACAACCAGCCCAAGCUGCUCCACAGUCUAGCAGCCCAGCCAAACAUCCAGCAACCAGUCAGAAACUUGUGCAGUCUAGCCAGGCCAGUGGCCAGCCCCAGAGAGGUAGUCGUUUGCACACUGGUUCCAGUGUGUUUUUAGGUACUAGGCCAGCCCGUGGCAGCUUUUUCUUUAAGCCUUUACAUGUUAAAAAUGUGUCUGUAUCACAGCCCAGCAACCCAAUUGGCCAAUCUGUCCCCCAGCCCAGCAGCCAACAGCCAGGCCAAGCUGCUCUCCAGCCUGUGGCCCAGCCCAGUGGCCAGCAACCAGCUCAAGCCAUAUAUCCUUUAGUUGCCCAGCCCAGCAGCCAACAACCAGCCCAAGCCACUCUUCAGCCUGUGCCCCUGCCCAGCAGCCAACAACCAGCACAAACCGUUUUGCAGUCAGUGGCCCUGCCCAGUGGCCAGAAAUCAGCACAAGCAAACUACCCAUCUUUGGACCAGCCAAGUAUCCAACAACAAACACAAGGCACAUACCAGUCUGUUGGCCAGCCCCAAGGACAAGUCUUUCAGAUUGGCUCAAAAUUUUAUUCUUGUCAGGAGGUUGCACAGCCUAGUAACCAGUUUGUGGCCCAACCAGGACAGUCCCAAUAUCAGCCUCCAUCUAUGCUUGCUCCAUCCCUGGCUGAGCGCAGCACUGGCUCUCUGGUGCAAACCAGCUACCAGGCCCCAGUCAAAACUACUCAAUCCCAAUCUGUAUUAUCCAGCCUCCUGCUUGCUCCUGCACAGUUACAAUCAAGGUUCCAGUCUAUGUCCAAACCUGCACAAAGUAGCUCCGGCACUGCAGGUAGACCUGAACCGUCCAGUCUGCAGUCUUUUGCCCAACCAGGACAAUCUGGUUAUGUACAGUCCAUAUUGCAGCCUGGAGACCAGCCUUUAAGGCAGCUGACAUGGUCCACAUAUCAACAACUAACCCAGCCUGGACAAGAACAGCCCGGUUCUUAUCCCCCAGCUAAGGUAAUGCAGUCAAGCUACCAGUCUUUGGCCCAGCCCAGUGUUUUGCAACCUGCCCCAGGCAGCUACCAGUAUGUGGCACAGCCCAGCAGAUGGCAAACUAUCAACCCAUCAGCACAGGCCAGAUACCAGUCUGUGGCCCAGCCUAGUGGCCAACUAGUUCCAGGCAGCUUCCAGUCUGUGGUACAGCCCAGUAUCCAGCAAUUGACACCAAGUGCUUAUCAGUCUGUGUCUUGGCUUAGUAGCCAGCAACCAACACCAGGUAGCUACCAGUUGGGCAACAGACUUGGUGGCCUACAACCAGCCAACUACCAGCCUGUGGCACAGCCCAGCAUCCAACAAUCAGCACCAGGGAAUUACCAAUCCAUGGCCUGGCCCAGCAGACCGCAAGCUGGCUACCAGUCAGCACCAGGCAGUUACCAAUCUGUGACACAGCUCAUUAGCCAAAAACUAACACCAGAAAGAUACCAGACUGUUGCCCAGCCCAGUGGCCAGCAACCAGCACAAACCAGUUAUCAGUCUGUGGCACAGACCAGUGGCCAACAAUCAGGGCCAGGCAAAUACCAGUCUAUGGCUCAGCCCAGCUUCCAGUCAGCACAGGCCAGAUACCAGUUUCAAUCAGGUCUGUCUUCAAGCUUUGAUUCUUUGUUAGCCAAACCAGGUCUUGUGUAUCCAAAACCACUGCUUUAUCAGGCCGGCCCUCAAGAUUUUCCUAAGCCUGCUCAAAGCAACCAGAGGUUAUCUCAGAGUAUGUUUACUUCAGUCAAGAGUUAAGUUUUGCUGUUGAUCUUUAUUAAUGUUUGCUUUUCUACUUUUGAAAUCAAAUAAAUCCCUUUCAAAUGAAA